AUGCUCUCUGCUUCUAAGGCUAUCUCAAAGUUCGCUCUUCCUAUACUUCGACAUGGGCGUUGUCUUUCGACCUCACAUAGUCUCCUCGGUAAUAGAAUGACUGUCCGUGAGGCUAUUAACAGCGCUUUGAAGGAAGAAAUUGAAUUAGACAAGAAUGUUUUCAUUCUUGGUGAGGAAGUCGCUCAAUACGAUGGUGCUUAUAAAGUCACAAAGGGUCUUUGGAAGAUGUUUGGCGACGAUCGUGUUAUGGAUACUCCGAUCUCUGAAAUGGGCUUUACUGGUAUUGCCGUGGGUGCCGCUAUGGCUGGUUCCCGUCCGGUUUGUGAGUUCAUGACCUUUAACUUUGCCAUGCAAUCUAUUGAUCAAAUCAUCAACUCAGCUGCCAAAACCCACUACAUGUCUGACGGUCGUGUAAAUGUUCCAAUCUUGUUCCGUGGCGGUAAUGGCGCCGCAUCUGGCGUAGCUGCUCAGCAUAGUCAAGAUUUUGCUGCAUGGUACGCCUCUGUUCCGGGUCUUAAGGUUGUCGCGCCUUACAGCUGUGAGGAUGCUAGAGGCCUUACAAAGGCUGGUAUCAGGGAUAACGAUCCUGUUGUAUCCUUGGAAAAUGAAUUAAUGUAUGGUGUUGCUAUGGACACUCCUGACGAAGCAAUGGAUCCAAACUUUGUUAUUCCAUUCGGAAAGGCUAAGAUUGAACGUGAAGGUACUGACAUUACUCUUGUCUCUUACUCAAUCAGUGUUGGAGACUGCCUUACAGCUGCAGCUGAACUUGAAAAGGAGGGAAUAAAUUGUGAAGUGAUUAAUCUCCGUAGUCUCCGUCCAAUUGAUGAUGAGUGUAUCUUCAAUUCACUUAAGAAGACCCAUCACUUGGUUACCGUUGAGCGUUCUUGGCCAUCAUGCGGCAUUGGUGCUGAAAUUAUUGCUCGUGUUAUGGAAAGUGAUGCCUUCUAUAAUUUGGACUCGCCAAUUAUCCGUGUCACUGGUGCUGAUGUACCGAUGCCUUAUGCUGGUUGUCUUGAGGCUGCUUGUACCGCUUUACCUCCCAAUAUCAUUACCACGGUAAAGAAGGUUCUUAGCCACAAGAAGUAA